CCUUCCUUCUUCUCCUCUUCUCUGAACGCCACCCUACCCCAAUCCUCAGCCCAACCACCCAGACGACCACCAACCACCACCUCCGUCCGACCACACCACCACCAGCGACCACCGUCGCCCCCUCUUCCUUUCUUUUUCUUCCCUCUUCUACAUUUCCCCUUUUUUCUUCUCUGUACCGCGCUACACCCUGUCUCUCCGACAACAACCCUUCCCGCACCCAGUCUCUGUUUGCGCCACCUACUCCGGCGAGAACCAGCGGCAGUGAGCUUAUGUGCCGCUACAAAACCCCCCGUCUCGCCUACAUUCUUCUUCCUCCAUCUUCUGCAUUACAGAUGACUCGCAAAGGGAAGGAGAAAGCCAAUCCUUUGACUCGUCCUCCUCCUACGCGUCCGAGUACUCAACUGGACACAUUCAUAAAUGAAACGGUCGAGGAACAGUACAAGAAAUUGGAAAAGUGAGCCUUUCAGUAUGAAAGAAAGCUGAACUUACCAGAAAAAUAUGCGGACCAAAUUCUUGAUGGACUCAAUUUUUACAAUGGAAGUUCAUAGGAUUCGAUCGGUGGAAAUCAAUGAACACCAGGUCAAAGAAUUCUACGGAAAUCUGCUUAAGAGGGAUGCCCCGACUGUUUUUCUGAGAGGUGUCAAGCCUUUGGAGGCCCUUUUACAGAUCCUGCAUAUUCCUCCGGCUAGGGAUGCUUAUCCUCAUAUAGUGAAGGACUUGACAUCCGGCAAGCUUUCAUUGGACAUGGUCUUGAAGAAGAUUGGCCUGCCUGAGGCCAGAUGGGAGUACAGUAGAGGACGGAAUACGGUCUCGCUUAGCAUUGCGUGCUCCGACGUUCAUCCUGAGGUGAGGAUCUGGCAGCAGAUCAUCGCUGACUACAUCCUACCGAGCACGCACGCCACUCAUAAUCGUGUCCGUGUGGCUGUUCUACUAUGGGCCAUUCUGGAGGGGAAGAGAAUCUUUGUUCUUCCCCUUAUCAGAGAUUCAAUGUGGAAGGUUAAACAACAACAGAAAUACAACAUUUCCUUCCCAUCGAUGAUCACCAGAUUAGCCACCUAUUCUGGAGUAGAGAGACGCCCAACAGAUAGGACGUCUGUCCUUCAUCAGCAAGCAGUCAUUGUAACUGUACAGCGAGUAUGAGGGAUUGCCGCCACAGAAGAAGAGGAAGACGACUAAGCCACCAUCAUCAGCAAAGCCAUCAGCACCUCCUGCACCUCCUGUACCCACACCCCGACCUCAGACGCCUUAUGAGCAGGGUCGGGAGAUCCUUCAGACCCUCCACCGCUACGAGCGCCAUAACGCUCGCCGCUUCCACUGGAUAAUGUCAAAGUUUGAGGGUAGAGACCCUGGGCCACCUCCUCCGAAUACACCAGAGCCUGAGCCCAAGACCGAGCUGACACCGGAGGAGCCAGCAGCUGAUGCUGGCCAGGUAGUCGAGCCCCCUGACCAGAGAGCGGAGGAGUCCAUGGUUGAGGAGGCAGUAGUUCAGAGAGUUGAGGAGGCACCCGCUGUAGCUGAGUCGAGAGCUGAGACAGCAGUAGAGCCAGCUGACCAGGCAGUUGAGGAGCCGACAGUUGAGACCACCGCAGAGUCCUCCCGAGCCAUGAUUGUUUAUCAGCGUCAUCAGCACCCACCACCAUCAGACGAUGGAGCAUCUCACAGUUGACCACCCUCAGUCCGAUUCUUGGCACAGAGGACCGUGCAUGAUUUAAGUGUGGGGGAGUAUCUACUAUUUUUUGGGUGUAAACAUUCUCUGCUUAACACUUGUCAUUUAGUUUAUUUUGAGUUUUAUUAUUCUUUUUGUAGAUAUUUUAG